AUGUUGUUCCUUCUCCUGUUGAAUUGUGCCUGGGGCUUAUUGCUCACAGAUGACUUGGAAGGUGCCAUUGAGGAGAAUAAGGAAUUGGGCAAAGCCAUUCUGGAGAUGCUGCACAUCAAUAAGCUGUCUGCACCACAUCAGGCCAAACCACACCCCUACAUGAGACAGGUCUAUCAACUUCUGGACACACAAGAGGCCCGAGACUUGGGAAGCUCCGAUGGAACACUGGUGCAGAGUUUUCGGAGUGUCCUGGGUAGGAGCCUAACUUGAAACCGUUAUACAGUAAAUAAGAUGUUUCCUAACAUGGAUUGGUCCUAAUAUGGAAUUUUAGCAAUAUGUUUGAUGUCUUAUUAGCUAGUGAAAUUCCUGUUAGUCCUGAAAAUAGUUAUAGUUCGCAGUUAGCUAAUAUCAGCUUUAUUAUACCAUAGUUGUCCAAGGAAAGUUGUGUAUGUGAUGUUGUUAAUUGAUGCCUGUGUUUUGUUCCCAGCAACAUCAUGUCUAUGUGGGCUGUUUAUGUGUUCUGUGCUGUGGGCCAACUUUGGAUGCAAUCAACUAGAUUGAUUAACAUUGUCUCUCUUUAUGUUCCUUGGACCAAGCAGGCCCACUGCAUGCCCCCGCAGGAUGGAUCUGGUUCAACGUCUCCCACCUGAAGCCUUCCAUGGCCGUGGCUGAGCUCGUCCUGCUCCGCAAGACCCUCCACCCCAACCCCCUCAGUGUCACGGUGGCCCUGCACAGCCUGACCAGGGGGGCGAGUGGCCUGAGCGUGAGCCCUCCCCUCGAGGAGAGGAUCCUGACCCUGGAUCAGCUACCCCUGUCUGGCUACGACGUGUUUGACGUGUCCCCCUUCAUGUUCUCCUCCAAGCCUCUGGACGUGGUGGGCUUCCAGCUGCGCUACACGGACGAGAGUGGGAGCCUGGUGCUUCACGAGGCCCUGACCCAGAGCCUCUACUGCCUGGGGGGCGGCUCCCUCAGCGAGCCCCUGCUGGUGGUGUACCGGGCUAGGCCGCUUCGCCACCAGACGACGGCUGCCACCAAUGGGCUCCGGCCUGAGCGCAGACAGCGCCAGCACUGCCGCAUGAGGAGCCACGAGAGGAGGAGCCUCUUCCUGGCCAAACGAAACGGCUACAAGCGACGUCGCUUUGAUGCCACCCCUGACCCACAGUGUCGGCUCCAUCACCGCUAUGUUGACUUCAACAAGGGCAAUCUGGCAAACUGGAUCCUACAGCCGUCAGGGUUCAAUGCUACCUUCUGCAGGUGGGAACGUCACACAAACAUAGAGUGAGCUCCAGGAGUAUUGGGACAGUGACACAUUUUGUUGUUGUUUUGGCUCUGUACUCCAGCACUUGAUACAAUGACUAUGAAGUUAAAGUGCAGACUGUCAGCUUUAAUUUGAGGGUAUUUUCAUCCAUAUCGGGUUAACCGUUUAGAAAUUACAGCACUUUUUGGACAUAGUCCUCCCAUUUUAGGGGACCAAAAGUAUUGGGACAAAUUCACUUAUAUGUUUAUUAAAGUAGUAAAGAUUAAGUAUUCCUAGUACGCAGUGACUACAUUAAGCCUGUGACUCAAAAAAAUUUUGGUCCCCUAAAAUGGGGGGACUAUGCACAAAAAGUGCUGUAGUUUCUAAACAGUUCACCCAAUAAGGAUGACAGUCUGCACUUUAACCUCAUAGUCAUUGUAUCAUUUCAAAUCCAAAGUGCUGGAGUACAGAGCCAAAACAAUAACAAUAUGUGUCACUGUCCCAAUACUUUUGGAGCUCACUGUAAUUGUUGUUAUUACAGUGGUGAGUGCCGAUAUCGAUAAUUCAAUACCACAUUGAUAUCGGUCAUAUCAUAACAAUAUCGAUAUAUGUCGAUGUCAUUAUGAGCGAGGCAUACAGCAUCACAAUAUUGUUUUAUCUAAGGGUGACACCUCUCCCCCAAUCAAAUUCAUGUGCACCUUAAAAAUGAUGACUUAACUACCCAAGUUAUGAUGUCAUUGCAGCCAGAUUUGCUUGCUGACUGGGUAGUGAAGUGAUCAUCCAAUGCAGAACCUUUGUUGUGUUUAUAAUCAGAGUGUUAUCCCAUUUCAGUGGUACCUGCCACAUUGGGAAUUCAGGAGUGUCCAUAGAAGGAUUUAGAACGAGGAAAAGACAGACUGAGGAGAGAUCAGUCAAUAGGUAUGUGUUGAGAACUCGAUGUCCACUAUGCACUAUAGAUACUGUGGUAGCCCUUGUGUAGCUAUAUGUAGACAAUACUGCCCUACAAAGGCAAAAUGCAGUAACUACACUUUCGGUCAAAAUUAGGUUAAGACUGAAAUCAGGCUUUGUGGUAUCUGUUUUAUCUUGUGACAGUGUCCUGGUUCAAUUAUGUUCUGUUUCAGAGAAAAUUGAGUUUGAAAUUUGCAGUAACUACAAAAUCCAAGUAAAACAGCAGUAACUGAAGUUACUGCACUUUGGCUUUGUUUCACCAUGUUUUGACUUUAGUUACCCGCUCCGUCAUGCAAAGGUAAAGACCAGUAACUUUGCAAACAGUGAAACAUGGCUUUAAAGUUGAUUUGCUGUCCAGACAAAUACAGUAUAUUGUAGGUAGAUAAGUGAUAAUGCACUGAUUUAUCAUCUUAUUAUGAAGUAAUGUUUUAUGCAUAUAAUAUGCCAUUUAGCAGACGCUUUUAUCCAAAGCGACUUACAGUCAUGUGUGCAUACAUUUUUACGUAUGGGUGGUCCCGGGGAUCGAACCCACUACCCUGGCGUUACAAGCGCCAUGCUCUACCAAUUGAGCUACAGAGGACCACGUAUCAACCAUGACCACUGAUUUGACCUAUGACCCAUAAGUCAAAUAAAUGACCAUACAAAGUCAAAUAGAAAGACAACAAGAAAAUUGGAUAAACACAUUUAGAUUGUAGAUAUAUCUUUUUAAAGUAUAAAUGUUCUGCGUGAUGAAAUAUUCCUUACCUUAUGGUGGAAAAAUGCUUGAGGGUUACUACAAUACAACAUUCAAAACAUGAAAACACAACUACAUAACACCAUUAAAUACAGUUGGAAUGUAGUUAGAACACUCAAGCUGUUUCCAUCAAACAGAAAACAACAGAGUUGAAUAAACACAUUUAGAUUGAAGAUACUGCACUUUGCCUUUGCAUGACCCAUAUAGUUGUUUAAGGUCAUACAAAGACAGCGGGCAGUAUCUGCAUUUUAGGGGUCAUGGGUCAAAUCAGUGGUCAUGGUUGAUGUGCAUAAAAAUUGAUUGAUAAUAAGAUGAUACAUCAGUGCAUUAUCACUUAUCUACCUACAACAUAAUUGGCUGGCUAGCAAAAAAACUUUAAAGCAACUUUUCUCACUUUCACUGCUGCCGUAGUUAAUGUGUCUUGCCUUUGUAGGGCAGAAUCGACAUCCACUUUGUGUAGUUCCAUAUCCACUAGGACUAUAUUAUUCUGUAGGAUUGUUGUAAUUAGGGUUGCAAAACUCUGGUAACUUUCCCAAAAUUCCCAGGUUUUCCAGAAAACCGGAUGGAGGAUCCCCGAUUUCCUGCUUAUUCUCUCCUGAUUCUGGGACUCUUCCAACCGGGAUUUCUGGAAAACCUUGAUAUUUUGGGAAAGUUACAGGAAUUUUGCGACCCUACAACAACAUUACUGUAGUUGUAAUAUUGAGUUUCCUUCAAUUUCAGCUCCAACUGUGUUCCACUGGAGCUGUCAUCUCUCACGGUGAUGUAUAGGAGUGAAACAGAUGACGUCAUCGUCCAGAAGUUUAGAGAUGCAAGGGCAGAGAGCUGCAUAUGCCAGCCACAGGCUAAGCAUUGA